AAAAAAGCUUUAAAACAUUACGAAUCAAAUAAAUUAAUUGGAAUUUAUAUAAAUAAAAUCGAUUUUGAAUACGAAAACCCUUUGUUGGCUAAAACCGUGGAUUUUUAUGAAAAAGGACUACAAUAUUUUCGAAACGAAUAUAGAAACGUAACAUUCAUCGCUUUAUGUGGAAUUAACGCAAUUUGUUUGGACAUAUUUAAAGAACAAAACGAUGUUUAUAUUUAUAAAUAUAAUAAUAUCGAGCGUUUAACUAUUGCGAUAUUAUCGCUUUGUAAUCAUGUUAUUUUCAAAACCGGCGGAAUUGGUUUAUGGGGAGGAUUAUUAUCGGGGGGCGAAAUAAUUUAUUCUUUUUGCGAAACCCUUCAAAUAAAUAAACCUGGAAAUUACACAAUCAUCCAAAGAUUAAUUGGAUCUAAAAAGAAUUGCGAUGAAUAUGAUUAUUUAAUUGAAAAUGUUCCAUAAAAAGUUUUUUUAUUUAAAAAUAAACGCAUCAACUAAUUCGUUUGUGUUUCGAAUACAAUGAACGUGGUUGCAUUCACCGGAAGUGAUGGGGGACGAAUCCCCCGCAAUACAGAUCACAAUUUAUAUAGACCAACAACAAAAUUGUUCGAACGUUCUCUCGAUUUGCCGCUUGUGUUCAAGUACCCGUUACAAACACCCUUAAUAAUCACGUUUUAGCCGACAAAUAGGGGGGCCCCCGGACCGCCCGUUCCAGUAACAUCAUUGGACUUUGUAUUCCGGCCGCCCACGCACGACUCCGCCCACGGGAAAAGCCCUCUCGAAGCUUUGCAUGCCGAAAGCUCCCAGAAACAAUCCAACAAUUUCAUCGGUUACAUGUUAUAAAGUUUUUCGAAAUUUCAAAAAUGAUGGAAAAUGCUAAUUUAAAAACACGUUCAAACCAACCGUGUUCACCCAAAGACUUUUUCGCGCGGCUUUACGGGCAUUUAGAGAGUGAUCGUGAUGAGAAAGACGACGGGGAAAGAGUUGUUGGUAAUCAAAAUGUUGUCGCUCCAAUUCCCGUCUUUCCAACUCCUCCAAUUCCGUUAUUUUUACCGCACGCCACUGAUGUACAAUUAACUGCCGCAGCCGCCGCUGGAUUAUCAGCUUUUUUAGCUAGAAGACGUCGUAAAGAAGGUAGGCCGAGACGGCAAAGGACUACAUUCAGCAGUGAACAAACUCUUCGUUUGGAAAUCGAGUACCAAAGGGCCGAGUAUAUAAGCAGAGGAAGACGUUGCGAGUUGGCCGAAUCUUUACAUCUAUCCGAGACGCAAAUUAAAAUUUGGUUUCAAAAUCGAAGAGCUAAAGACAAACGCAUUGAAAAGGCUCAACUCGAUCACCAAUACAGGAAAAUUUUUGGUACAUUCCCCGGUACAAUGUGUCCCAUAUGCGUUGACACCGCUUGUUAUCAUUCAACGACACCCUCGAUUUUACCACACUUCAAUUCAAGAUCAACAGAAACAACGGCGAGCGAAAACACCAAAGAACAAAGUUCUGUGAUUCAAUGAACUAUUAUAAGUAAGAGAAUGUUAAAAUAAUUUUGGAAGUUAGUUAAAUAAUUAAGACUGUAUUUAAAAUUAAUAUUAAUCUCAUCUAUAAUCCAACUUAAUAUUGUUAAAAAAAAAUGAUUUUAGUAGGAUUAUCUAGUCAUAUUUAUAGUGUUAUUAAUCUUAACAUGCACGUUGAAUAUUAUAAGUUUCUUUGUUUAUUCUUCACUCAAUAAAUUAUUCAAAAAAAAAAUAAUUUUUAUUUUCUCAUUUAUUUCUGUUUCGGUUGAUUGUAGUUUUAGAAAUUUUCUAUUGGGGCUUAAAGAGAUCAUUAAGAUCCUCAUCGCGAGUUCCAAGUAAUAUUAGGGUGGGUUUUUAAAAGAAAUGAUAAUAGCCGAGUUCGAAACGACCGAAGGGAUGGAUGGCGUGAGUUUUAAAUCGGCCACGGGAAAAGCCAGAUGAUGGACCGCGCGCGCCAAGGGCUAAUCUGCGACCGCUUUUGUAUAACAUCUGGCCACGCUCCGUUUGAGUCUAUGAUUGCCCGGCACGAUAUUUAUAUGGCAAGGCACAAUAAGGAGCCCUCUUCUUAUCGUUUCCCAAACCAACUCACUCCCCACGAACCCCCACACAAAAUCUUUCACCUUAAUGAGACUCUUUUAGACCGAGUGGAAGUUAUUUUUUUUUAUUAUGUAGUUUUAAUCUUUAUAGGUA